AUUAAAGUAAAGAUUUAUGGAUUUAUCAUAGUGUUUUAAGUAAAAUCCAUGGGAGACGUGUUUAUCUAGCAAGAUAAAGCCGAUUAUGCUCCAGGCCCGGAGGCAGCGCACUGGACGUGAACUAGCAAUUUUAUUGGUCGCCGGCGUGGCAGGAAGUCAUAGGCAACCAAUGGAAAGGGGCAGAGAUUCGUCACUGUAUUUCUCCAUUCAACCUACCUGUCAACUUUACUGUAUACGCUUCUUAUUUAACGUUAGCAAGUAUUUAGCGUGUUUUCACUCACUAAACUCGUAUUAAACAGGACUGAAAAAGUUCUAAAAAAUAAUGUCGUAACACUAGUUACAACGAGUGAAAGUGUUAGCGGUUUAAAUGGGCGAAGUUCAGCACAGUUAGUCCCCCCCUGCACUGUCUAAACUGGCCGGUCUCCGGAGGAGGAUAUUAGUCAGAGCCCGCAGGAUGGAGUGGCUCUUCCAGCGAUGCUAUAAAGAGGUCGUCUUGAGCUUUCGCUCCGUACUGCUUGUGUCGUGUUUGUUCUUGAUCCUGCUGGCGUGCCUGUUCCCCGGGCUGUGGUCCAUUGGGGUCCAGCUUCAUUCUGUAUGCACAGGGAGCUAUGUACCAGGGCACUACUCUGUCCUUGUCAUCAACACUCCCAAUGAGCAAACAGCAAAGGACGUUGGCAGGUUCUAUUGGAAAGGAGAAAUCCAGGAUGCAAAUGAAAUCCUGAUGCUGGUGAAAACAAAGACUUCCAGGAUCCAGAAGGUGGUGGACUACGUGAGGUCUAUACAUCCCUACGGGAACCCAGAAGUCCUCAGUCUUGCAGUAGAUGACGGCAGCUUGGCGUACAUGAAAUGGAUGGACGAAGCCAUUCCAGAUGACUGAUAUUUCGUUAAGGCCAAAGCUAAUCUCAGCGAGGACUGCCGUCAAACAAGGAAACUGAGCCAUGUGUGUUUGUUGCUCUUAACUUUUUUUUUCCAGGAUUUGGAGAGUUUUAAAAGUUCAGGAAGUGCUCUGUAGCAUUAACGUUUAAUACAAGGAAGUUUUGUUGGCCUGACCUUCUUAACCGGAAGUGUACUGCAGAGAUUGGAUUUCAAACACUGCUUGUAAAAAGAAAAAAAAUUACAUGAAAGAGUCAAAGUUCCACUCAGGUAAUCUGUUGUAAGGAAAUGGACAAGAACUCUUAUGGUGCUUUUAAGCAUAUCAGUUCUUUUUUAUGGUAUGUUACCAGAUCAUUCUCUCCAGUUUAAAAAAACAAAAAAAGACUUUUUGAGUAUAGUAUGUGGCAAGUCACAUAACCAAGAUGUAAUAAUAAUAAUAUGAAAUAACAAUAAUAAUCAAUAAUCAAGACCUAUAAUGUGAUAAAAGUCAUAAAAAGUACAGUCAUAUUGCCCCUUAUUUCCACUUUGCCUUAACUCACCUACAUGGUAUAUGUACAUGGCGUAUAUGCUUUACUGCUAUUGUCAUAUAGGAAGUGAAAAAAAAAGUGAAUUUUAUGGAACCACAGUCUGCAGCACUUCUCUUUAUGCCCACCAGUCCAGUAGGGCCAGGAAUUAAACACACUGGAAUGUAGCCUGUGUGCAUUUACAUAAUUUGUCUCAACUUUUAGAGAGUUUUUGAGUUGACCCCUGUAUUUUGUUAGACCCAAUUUUUUCUAUUUUGCAUCUGCAAAAGGCUUCAAGGAGAGACCAGCUGAAUGUCAAUAAUGUAGAAGGCCACUGAGUUUCACCCUAUUUUGGGUGAAUGCAUAAAGAAAACCCUCUAUGCAAGGUUAAACUUCACACUUGCUGUAAACCUAUUGGCUCAUCUCUCGUCUGUAAUAAAUGCAUCUAUAUUUUAUACUAUUCCGCUGUAUCUCUUGAAUUAUUUUUUCCGCUCGAGGACAAACCUUUUCUCUCCGAUAUUUCCAUACCUGUCAUCCAUACAUAUGCUGUGUAUAAUGAAAUAAUGGUAAAAUACAGGUUUAAUAACCUAUUUCUUAACUUAAUGUAAUUUAUGUGCAUUAAGAAAUGUUUAAACAGCUCAGUACCAAAGUAAUUAGUAAAUCACUGUCACCUAGAUAACAUACCAUGGCCCACGGUGAAAUAUUACCCUAUAAUAUAUUUAUUGUUAUGAGUUAUGUAUUUUUAAAGCCCUUCCCAAAAGCAUAGGCACACUGAGAAAUCUGUGCAUGCAGCAAGACAGGGUAUCAGAGCAAUCUGUGUGUACCCACAGUUUAUAGAUUAUCUGUCAGGCUCUAGAGUAACACUUGUCCACAUGCGCACAUCCUUUAUUAGUGUGAACUGAAACACAACAAAGAACAGCACGCCUACUUGUUGCAUAAGUGUCCCAGAUUAGCUCUGCCUGUGUUAAUAAAACAUCUACUACCAAUUAGCACAACCUCACCUAAAGAUAAAAAUAUGUCUUUUUUAUCUAACUUACUAUGGGUAAGUUCAUCUAUUUGAUUUUUAUAUCAGUUUUCCACUUUUAGCACUCCUUCCUAAUUCUAAAAGCUGAAAGAACUGCUGCUGAUCUGUCCUUGAUCUUCAUAGAUGAGUCCAAAUUUUCUAAUAAACGGCACUUGCACAUUAUGUGAACAGACCAGGUAAGAGUCUUGUUGCCCUUAUGAAUUUUACAAAGUGUACAUGAGCAAAUAUGCUGCCUGUAACCUUUCAGAUACUAUUAAAAUUUAACUUCAUUCAAUUUCAAAACCAGGUAAUUUUAGCAAAUCUGAUAGGUGUACCACCCCACAUUUGCACUUUUGCAAAAAUUUGUCAGCCGUGCAAGCUUACUCAUUAAACCGAAGUAUGCACUAAGCCUGAGUGUGCAUAAAGUGUUUCCGGCAUGAGGCCUCAACAAAGGAACUGCAGACAUGGUUUAGUUUGGUGUUGUGUCUGUGGAGCCAAAAUAAUCCUGCCUGUCAGGUCCAGAGUUUAGGCCAUUUGGUGGUAGUGUGCAAGUGUGGCUGUUAAUUCAAUGAAUUUCCUCUUGUUCAACUGUAAUUACACCCACACCAAUGCAUAGGUAUACAUCCCAUGUUUUUUAGUAAGCCACAUUCAUACUUAUGCAUGUGUAUACAGUGUUUGCCUUGGCUGGUAAAUAUGGUUGUGCAAUGACAAAAGA